AUGAAUACAUUUAGUGUGUAUGCACCACAAGCAGGAGGCAUAGAUGAAGAAAAAGAACAGUUUUGGGCGGCACUACAAGAACUGGAAGAGGUUGAUGAAAAUGAAAGAUGCAUAUUUGGAGGAGAUAUGAAUGGCCAUGUUGGUAGUGGCAAUGAAGCCAUCAGUCGCAUACACGGAGGAAAUGCUUAUGGAAAUGGUGAUGAGGAUGGAGAGAAGGUAAUUGACCUAGCUUUAUCCUUUGAUAUGGUAAUAGGAAAUACUUUAUUCCGUAAGAGAAAUGAACACCUUAUUACUUACAAAAGUGGUAAUAGAGCAAGUCAAAUCGACUUCCUUUUAUAUCGAAGGAGAAACAUUAGAGAGAUUAAAAACUGCAAAGUAAAACCUGGAGAUCAUGUGACUGAGCAGCACCGCUUGUUUAUCAUUGAUCUCAACAUAGAUGUCACGCAGAAGCAGAAAAGGAGAACUACAACUCAGAGAAGGAUAAAAUGGUUUAAACUGAAGGAAAAUGAUUCCCAACAAGAGUUCAAGGACCGAAUUCUAAGAGAGCUGAGCCACGAUAUGGAAGAUGUGAACAGCUGGUGGAAUGGUGCAAACAGUAUUAUAUUAAGAGCUGGAAAGGAAAUACUGGGUGAGAGUAGUGGGAGGGUAUGGGAAGAUAAGGAAAUUUGGUGGUUUAAAUGA